AUGUCAACUCGCGGACGCGGUCGCGGGCGAGGUAGAGGCGACAGCCGAGGCACUGGUAAUCAGAUAAAUCAGGGAAAUCAUGGGAACAAUAAUGAUGAGGGCGGUCCAAUGACACUUGCUACAUUUCUGAAAGUUCACCCUCCGACUUUUAGAGGAACCUCAAAUCCCACUGACGCAGAUAAUUGGAUUCAGGCUAUGGAAAGGGUGUUACAGGCACAACAGGUUCCUGAAGAGCAAUGGGUUGAAUUUGGAACUUAUCAGUUGCAAGGUGAAGCUCAGUAUUGGUGGCAGGGAACACGACAUAUCCUGCAUCCUGAUGGUGCUGCGAUUCCUUGGGAGGUUUUCCGGACAGAGUUCUAUAAGAAAUACUUUUCUAAUUCAGCUAGAAAUGCCAAGGAACUUGAAUUAAUGCAGUUAAAGCAGGGACAGAUGACUGUUGCUGAGUAUACCAGUAAAUUUGAGGAGUUAUGUCGCUUUUCUCGUAUCUGUCAAGGUGCGCCUGAAGAUUUUGCUGAAUGGAAGUGUAUUAAAUAUGAGGGAGGUCUUCGGAGCAAUGUUCUGAGCUUCGUUACCCCAAUGGAGAUCAGGGUGUUUUCUGAAUUGGUGAAUAAGAGUAGGGUGGCUGAGGAUUGUGUGAGGAAGGCGGCAGCAGAGAAAGGGAGUUUGAGGGUGCCUUUUCAGAGACCUUCAGGAAGGAACUUUGCUCCGAGAGGUAGGAAUUUCAAACAUGGAGGCUCUGUUCCGCAACAGACUCAGGGUCAAGGUAAUUACAGAAGGCUGAAUACCAAUGUUAAUCAGGGAAGAAGGUUUGGGAAGCAGCCACAGUAG